CUGAGCCAUAUCCGCGCUACAAUGGCAACAAGCACGAACGGCGCACCAGCUAAGAAAAAGCUGAUUCUCAAUGCGUUCGUGGAGAUGUGUUCCGGGCACCAGUCGCCUGGGCUUUGGAAACAUCCCGACGAUUUGUCCAGUGACUUCAAUUCAGUUGAGCAUUGGGUAGAGCUUGCGAAACUCCUAGAAGCCGCUAAAUUUCAUGGUAUAUUCAUUGCCGACGUUCUCGGGGGAUACGACGUCUACAAAGGACCCCAGAAUCUCGAUCCCGCUAUCCAGUCGGGUGCUCAAUGGCCUGUCAAUGAACCUCUAGCUGUCGUCCCAGCCAUGGCCGCUGUGACCAAGAACCUCGGCUUCGGGGUCACAGUUGCGACUACAUAUGAGCAGCCGUACCAUCUAGCCCGCCGAUUGAGUACCAUCGACCACCUCACCAAGGGAAGGUUGGGUUGGAACAUAGUCACUGGCUAUUUAGACUCAGCUGCGAGAAACCACGGACAGACCUCACAGAUCGGCCACGACGAGCGAUACACCAUCGCCGAGGAAUAUAUACGCGUCAUGUAUAAGUUGUUUGAAUCAUCGUGGCGCGACGACGCCGUCAUCCUCGAUAAAAAACGAGGUAUUUACACCGACCCUGCUCUCGUCCGUACCAUCAACCACAACGGGAAAUACUACACCGUCCCUGGCCCGCACAUCUGCCAGCCCUCCCCACAGAGAACUCCGCUACUACUUCAAGCCGGAACCUCAAAGGCUGGUAAGGCUUUCGCAGCACAGCACGCCGAAGCCAUCUUUGUAGCGGGCCACAGCCCGGGCGUGGUCGCUAAGAACGUCGCAGAGAUUCGCCAGCUUGCAACCGAGUUCGGGCGUAAACCGCAAGACGUCAAAUUCCUAGCCCUCAUUUGCCCUAUCAUAGCGCGCACGGAGGAGGAGGCAAAUGCCAAGUACGAGGACUAUGUGCAGUACGGUGAUACAGAGGGAGCGCUUGCACUGUUUGGCGGAUGGACUGGUAUCAACCUCGACGUCUAUGGCGACGACGAUGAAUUGAGACAUGUCGAGUCGAAUGCGAUCAGGUCAGCGGUAGAAGCUUGGUCGCAAGCAUCCCCUUCUAUACCAAAAUGGACCAAAAAGACAGUAGCACGCCAUAUCUCCGUCGGCGGCCUCGGUGCUACAGUGGUGGGCACGCCUUCCUCCGUCGCUGACGAGUUCGAGCGUUGGGUCCGUGAGGCUGACGUUGAUGGUUUCAACAUCGCGUACGCCAUCAAACCCGGCACUUUCGUUGAUGUUAUCGAACUCUUGAUUCCAGAGCUGAGAAGUAGGGGACUUUUCUGGGAUGACUAUGUUGUGGAAAGGGGGACGUAUCGGGAAAACUUUUAUGGGAAGGAGGGACAGAAGGGAACUAUUGAAGGGCAUGUUGCAGGGAGUUUCAGAUGGAAGGCGGGUGUUGCAAAGGAGGAUGCUGUGAUUCCCGAGUGA